AUGAGAACUAGGGCUUGGAAAGACUUGAGCGAAAGGCGUGAAGAAAUUCGAGAGGAAAGAAACAAGUCAGACCGGUGGGAAAGAAAAUUCCAAGAAGUCCAAGCACGAAAUGAAGCCUUGGAGAAGAGCUUGUCAGAGAGUCAAAAAGAAAAAGGAAAACUAAAGGACAGAGUCGUUGAGUUAGAAGGGUCUCUCCGUCAACACAGAAGUCGAAAUUCUGUAAUAGAGCUGAAAGCAAGUCUGAGCAAGAUUGAAGAAAUGAAGGGUAAAAUAAAAGAGUUGGAAGCAGCAUUACAAAGUUGUGAGGGUCGGAUUAAGCAUCUAGAGGCAAAGGAAGGUCGUCAGAAUGAGCAGCUUCAUUAUUUCCAGGAUCAAGUCAGAAAUAGGGAUCACAUUAUGGGAGAAGCUGUUGUGCAGAUUCGUGAAGUGGCAGAUCACUUGCAAACUUUGGCGGUACAAGCUGACACGUUGAGCGUAAAGUACGAGCUAGAGUCAGAUCGAGGACAAGAGUUGGCAUCGUUGCUUAAAAGGAUUAAUGUCUUAAGUGUUAGGGCAAAGCCAUAUUUGUAA